UUGGUCGGGGUGGAUGAGUGGGCAUAUAACAUGAAUGUCUAGCAACCCAAAGGAUGUGUAUUCAAAUCUUAUCAUGGACAACUUGACCAUUUGCGCUAAUUAGCAAAUAUUUACUACUUUUUAGCUACGGAGCAACUACUUAGCAUGUUAGCUAACCCUUCCCCUAAACUUAAGCUUUCAACCUAACUCCUAACCCCAAACAUGACUAACGUUAGCAACCUAGCUAACAUUAGCAACCUAGCUAAACUGAGCCACUUAACUAACAUUAGCCACAAAAAAAAUGGAAUUCGUAACAUAUAUGUUUUGCAAAUUCAUAACUUUGUACGAAUUGCAAUUUGUAACAUAUCAUACACAUUUUUAUUCAUACCAUAUAAGAUGAAAGGGAUGAUGGACAUCCCAAAAAAUUAAAACGUAACAUACCAUACUAACGGCAGUGUCCUGGAUUUACUUUUACUAUGUUAUGUCUACCCCCGAGUCCAGGUUGAAACUGGAAUUUUUCAUCUGAAGUAUAAACACAAAGCCAUAAAGUGUCAAAGUCCAACGCUGUUUCGUCAUUCACGGCAAGUGCUUAAGUGAAAGUUUGCGGGACACAACUGUAUAUAAAGAGAGUACGAAUCUCUACUCAUCACUCCAUCACUGGCCUACCUGAGGAAGAGUACCAGAAGAAAACAGUGAUUUACCUACUACAAAAGACAAGCAGCACCACCAUCAUCACCACCAUGAAGGUUCUGAUCAUCUUUGCACUACUUUGUGUCGCCCUCUCUGCUAGGGCAGCAGCAGUUCCUGUGGAGAGCGAUGCUGUGGCGGUAGAAGAGCCAAAAAGUGCCCCAGAAGAGGCUGUUGAGGUUGAGGCUCCUGCAUCAGAGGAGAAGCUGAGUGACGCCCCAGGUGUCUUUUCAGAAGAUGAGAAUGAGGCAGUUGAGGUGGCUGCAGCAGCACCUAAAGAUAAAGCGGCACGCAGGUUCUGCCCUGACGGAUGGUUCAGCUACCAGUCCAAGUGUUACAUGUUUGUGAACACACCUCGGUCCUGGUUCGGAGCCGAGGAACAUUGCAAUGAACUGGGCGCCAGCCUGGCCUCUGCCAGCUCCUCCCCCGAGUAUCGUUACCUGCAACAGAUAACCAGAACAGCCAACAGAGCCACCGCCUGGAUCGGUGGAUUCUACCUCCAGGGAACUUGGAUGUGGAUUGACCGCUCAGGAAUGUAUUACACCAACUGGUACAGCCAGAGCACCGCAACCAGCAACCCCUGCAUGUACCUGCAAUCUGCUGUGGGCCAGGGGUGGAGGAACUGCGGAUGUGGCGGACAAUUACCAUUCAUCUGCGUGCACAACUAUCGCUGUUAGUCAACAUUGUGAAGAUACUGUUAAUUGCUUGACACCUUUUCUAACCGCUUUCAACAUGGACUGUUUACUGACUGUAAAUGACUAAGUGUUCGCCAAAGGGCUAAAUGUGAUGCGAUUUCAAAUGUCAUUUCCCAUUUAUGUACCUCAACCGUUAUUGUUUUCCAGUAAUAAACAUUUUUUAAAGUAUUA